AUGACACGGAAGGGCCAGCCGAAGGUUCGGACCGGAUGCCUGACGUGCAAGUCGCGCAAGGUGAAAUGCGAUGAAGCAAAACCAGCCUGCGCGAGGUGCACCGGCACAGGACGCAGAUGCGAGGGUUACGCCGUUGUGGUUCCCAGCAAUCGGGCCAUCGCCCGGGCUCGGUCACGGACAACACGGCUCAAGGACGCCCUUGCGCAGGCCCGGGCCGGAUGGGAGGGGGGUUCGGAGAAGGCGACCUUGGAGUACUUCACCCGUGACGUUGCGCCAAAGCUUCCGCAGAACCUCGAAAACCAAUUUUGGACCGUAGCCGUGCCGCGUAUGAGUAAGUCGGAGCCCGCCAUUCGGCACGCCAUGGCUGCCAUCGGCAGUCUCUUCCCGCAACGAUCGUCGAAUAACCCGAGCGAAGGCGGUAACCCUCAAGCCGACGCGCACUACAGCGAAGCCCUCCGACUCAUGGCUAGGAAAGUGGCACCAGAAAAAGACGACGAGGACGGUCAAAGCUCGAAUAAUAAAGCCAAUGCCGACAGCAAAACCAUCAACCUCUCCGCCUCCGUAGGCUCCCUCAGCAACCGAUCUUCCCCGAGUCCUUCUUCUGUCGGGUUAUCUUCCACUAUUCAGUCUCCGGCUUCUCUCACGCCGGGGGUGUCCAACAUACCGGAAGUGGCUGAAACAGAUCGCUCGGAUAGCCGGGGUUCGACAAAUCCUUUUGCGUCUCCUCAGAGUCAGGAAGAGGAAGGCGACGAUGAACCUACCCAGUACAACGAUGUAGACGUGGUUCUAUCAUGCUGUAUACUCUUCAUUGCCACGGAAUUUUUGCGCGGCAGUCUAGAGCAAGCGAUGCAGCACCUUGCCAAUGGCAUCAACAUUCUGAAUAAUGUGGAUUACGACGAGCUGGAUCAGACAACCUUGGACGAGAUUGUCCCGAAAUUUCAUCGUUUGAGCAUCAUUCAGUUAUGCUUCCACGAUAAGCCGGGCUUUCCAUCGCUCAACCUCCAGCAUGGACUCGGUUCCAGAUAUAACCUAGGGCCCUUUGAUAAGAGCAGCAGCAUAUACUUACCCAAGCGUGCCGUCGACCCGAUCAUACUUGACGCCAUACGAUAUAUCCGAUCGGCAGACCCAGGCUCGCAAACCGACUCACGGCUUGCCUCAAAGGGCCCUGUUAUGUCGGAAGAACAGAAGAGCAUUUGCGCAUCCUUUGACAGGUGGCAUGCUGCCUUCCUAGCCUUUGUCGAGUUUCCCCGGAAGAAUACCGACCAGCCGUUACCAAAGCAUCAAGGGAUUAUCUGCGCGGAGACGGAAAUGAAGUAUCAGACAGCCAAAAUCUGUAUCAGUGUCUGCCGUUCGCACGACGAGUCUGUAUACGAUUAUUUCAAAGACUUAUUCGGGCGGAUCGUCACGCUCGCAAAGUUAAUUCUAGACAGCUGCCCCGACAUCACGCCUGAACCCACCGAUUUUAAGUUCGACUUCAUGACCAGCUACCUGCCUCUCCUAGAGUUUGUUAUCGCCAAAUGCCGUUGGCUCGACAUACGGUAUGAAGCCUGGCUCAUCGCCUGGAAGCUUGCCACCGGGCGGACAGAGCCGGUGACCCGCAACAGCCUCCACCUCGUCGCGCAACGAAUGAUAGAGAGAGAGCACAAUGUCAAGAUCGAAGAAGUAACACGGGAAAACGCCGGACUCUUCUCCUUGCCCGCUGAGGAGAUGCGGGUCAAAGAUUAUACAGCCGACGCGCGGUUUGCGGACUUGGUCACCAUCCCGGAUGUCGAUAUGGAAGGGCCCGCCAAGGUGCAAGUCCCAUAUACUCAGCGACUGCUUCUCCGAUGCGGCAGCUGUGAGCUCGACGAUCUUGCUGGGUGGAUGGAAAACAAACAUUCUUCUUCAUAA